UGUAGUGGAAGUGAAGUAGCAGAGCAGGUUGGCGGUGGCUCAGCAGUCGAGGGGCAGGGCGGCACAGGGAAGAAACGGUGCCUUGGAACGCGCUGCGCGCAGCGGAGGGACGCGCUGAUUGACAGUCGGAGGCACGGAGCGCCCCGUGCGGCACACAAGCGGAGCACGCUAAUCUCCCCGUACCCGUCUUGUCAAAGGCAUCUCUGUGAAAACACCAGCCAGAUCAGCCUGGCGCAAAUAAAGGAGGCUCUAUCCAUCCCCAUGGGCUCGGUAUCGGAGUCUUUUCACCGAAUGAACGAGUAAAAAGGAACGCGGCAGUUUCUGCUACCCUAUCCCAUCCCGUCUUUACCUGUUCAGUCAGGACUGGACACAGGAGUGGGCAAACCUGGCGUCUCAAAGUGUCCUGGAAACGGCUGUGGAUAGACGGAAUGGUUAGGUUGCACUUUGCAAUCUGAGUCAAAGAAGAUUUUUUUUCUUUCCUUUUUGUGGAGUAAACGGACUGCGCCUGGUGCUUUCGGAAUCAUUUUGGGGUUCAUUUUUUUGUUUUGUUUUUGAUCAAUCCACUAUAAUUGUGAUGCGUUUGUAACCCUGGAGCUUGUAAACACUCCUUUUUUGUAUUCUUUUUAAUUGGAGUAACGGCCAGAUAAUCAGGAGACUCUCGGGAGGGAUUUUUGGUGCGUAAUUUGUGCGGUGUGCGGUUGCUGAGCCGCAGAAAUAGUUGUGUCUCCAUCCUUUCCCCCCUGUUAAACACCCUUUUUAUCACAUGGAGUAGGUUAAAUAACAGGUAAAGACUUUUUUUUUAAAAAGAGAAAAAAAUCGGCUUCAUUCUCUUACGCCUGGAACAAAACAGGCGGAUCUGAUGCGCAGUUUCUCCGUAGGAUGGUAAUUGACCGAUGGGGAAUCAUGAACAGCUCUUCUGAACUCGAAGAUGGUACUCGGCAUAAAACCCAGACGUUCUGUGAGUGUAUGCCCAGCUCCUCCCAGCUCAAACAUCGCUGGUCAGACUCAGAAACAGCCAGGGAGACCCCGGCCAAGAGGAUGAGCUGCAGCUACCUGCUUUGCACUAUCCUGCUCUUUGUGGCUGUAUUGCUAGCUGUCACUGUCACUGGCACCAUCCUUUUUAUGAACCACUACCAGGCCCCACCCAUGUCUGACGGCCUACCCCACAUCUCUACCAAUCAGGAUGAAGCCAAUGCCCUGGUCACCGUUGAGAGAGGCGAUGGUUCUCGCAUCAACAUUUUCAUCGACCCCAACUGUCCUGACUACAACAGUAACUUUUUGCGCCUGGAGGGUGUGCAGACGUCACUUCUCCACUCACUAACCGACCACGACUCUGACCUGAAGUCAGUGAAAGGCCAGGACCGGGCUCUCCUUGUCAAUCUGGCUGAGGAGGUGGCCAAGCUGUCAGCCCACGCGGGGCAACUGAAAAUGGACUAUGAAUCCUUACGCAGGGGUCAAGGCAGCCUGGGGCAAGACCUUAACACACUGCAGACGGAGCAGGGACGCCUCAUACAGCUGCUGUCGGACAGCCAGAUCAACAUGGUGAAGGUAGUGAACUCAGUGAGUGAUGCUCUGAACGCCAUGCAGAAGGAGAACGUAGGCUUGAAGGCACGUGUCAAGGCUGACUUGCAGAGGGCACCAGUCAGAGGGGCUCGUCUCAAGGGCUGCUCCAAUGGCUCGCGUCCCCGUGACUGCGGUGAUCUGUAUGCCAGCGGUCAGCGAGAGGAUGGCAUCUACUCUGUGUUUCCUGUUCACCAUCCCGCAGGCUUCCAGGUGUACUGUGACAUGACUACAGACGGAGGAGGCUGGACGGUGAUCCAGCGCAGGGAGGAUGGCUCGGUCAACUUCUUCAGAGGAUGGGACUCCUAUCGUGAGGGAUUUGGGAAGAUAACUGGUGAACACUGGCUCGGACUGAAGCAGAUCCAUGCCCUGUCCAUUCAGGGGAACUACGAGCUACGUAUAGACUUGGAGGACUUUGAGAACAGCACCGCAUAUGCCCAGUAUGGCACGUUUGGAGUGGGCCUCUUCUCAGUGGACCCUGAUGAUGAUGGAUACCCUUUGACCGUGGGAGACUAUUCUGGCAAUGCAGGUGACUCUCUGCUGAAGCACAACGGGAUGAAGUUCACCACCAAAGACAGGGACAACGACCACUCGGAGAACAACUGCGCUUCGUUCUACCACGGCGCUUGGUGGUACCGCAACUGCCACACCUCCAACCUUAACGGCCAAUACCUGCGCGGUCAGCACACCUCCUACGCCGACGGCAUCGAGUGGUCCUCCUGGACUGGCUGGCAGUACUCCCUCAAGUUCUCCGAGAUGAAGAUACGACCUACCCGUGACCCCGAGAAUAAAUGAGAAAGACAGAAGCGAAAGAAGAGAUUUUAUGAAACAUUACAAACCACAACUUCUGACAGCUAGAAGGAGAUAUUUGUCUUGAUAUUGUUUAUUCACUAAAAAAAAACAUACCUCUUUGAGUUUAGUUAACUCUGCCGUCUGCCUCCUGAUGUCUCUUUGCCUUUUUGCUCCUCUUCCUCCAUCACUCAGCUACUAGUGUCAUGCUGGCUAUCAUUAUCCAUCCCGCUUGGUCCUUUUCUUGAAAAAAAUAAUGUGACCAUCAUCCCUUUUAUUUUUGAUCAGUUCAGUUCACAAAAAAAAGAAAAACAGCAUCCCAGAGCUCACAGUCCACUGCGCUGGCUUUACUCAGUCUGACAUGGUGGUCCAAAUAUCCCCUGCAGAAUCACACACCAGUGAUUCCCCCCUGACAUCUAACGCUGACCUCUCAACUGUGCUGACAUGGCAUUCAGAUUGUGGUUCAGUCUCACUGCCCCUUGCUGUAUAAUCUGUGGAUGGAGAGGCUCGCUCCAAAUAUAAUAGAAAGAGAAAAAAACCUUUUCACACCCCACAAAAGAAGUUCAGAGUUUCCCCAGUGAGAAGGGACAGCGCAGUGGUACCCUAUCUCACAUUUACAUCAUUGAUCUGUGUGAAUGAGACCCAGCAGGGUAGUGGCAAGAAGUGCAGGGUCUAAGAUAAUGAGCGGGAGACGGAGACAGAGAGAGAACGGGGGAAACAAUUUGACAAAAACCUAAAUUAGUUCGAAGCAAAGGAGAGGCAGAGGGAAUCAAAGGGGGGAGAGAGGAAGUGGAAGAAGAGGAGGUGCAAAAAGGGGAUGAAGAAAAAGAAAUGAGAAAGAGAAAGAGACAACGGAGGAUCUCAUUCAUCUGACUUGGGCCAUUAGGGAGCAUAUUGGGCACUUUGUCUGAUCUGCCUGCCAGCUGAGUACUGGCCAACUGAUGCAGCACUCACAGAUGGUAACCCAGCACUUUGUGUGUAUGUGCAUAUGUGUGUGUUGUGUGUGUGUGUGUGUGUGUGUGUGUGUGUACAAUGGAGAGAGACAGACAGAAUUUGGUAACACUAUCAAUUCCCUGUUAUGAGUUCAGUGGAGCGUCUCGGCUGACUACAAUGUUUAGCACAGACAGACUAAACAUGAUGCAUGGCUGGCAUAUCUUCACCCUCUCCAUCUAAGUAGUUAACCUGAAAUAACAAAGCCUGUAAUGUGUGUACAUGUAAUAUGAAGGAAAAGACCUUUUAACAAUUUCAAGGAGGCCAAGAAUGAAAGAGGAAUCAAGGAGUGUGUGUCAUACCUGCCCCGGGUUGAUUUUAUUUUCUUGGACCUGUUGAGGAAAUGUUACAUUUUGGCCAACAACGCCCAUCUUGUUUUGAUUUUUUUCCCCCCCACCUCCUUUCCAGGUGAUUAUUAUUGGAUUCGUUUGUGUGACAGCUUCUUCUUCGUCACGCAAAUGGAGCGAAAGUUUGCUGUAAAAAAAAAAAUAUAUAUCGGAGGCUUUCACACCACAGUCUUGUUUUUUUUGUUUCUUCUUCUUCUCAGUAGGAAUUCUGCAAUGUAUUAUGGCAAAAACAAAAUUGCCUCAAGCAAACAAAACAAAAAAAAAAGUGACAGGAAAAUAAUAACAAUAAAAAAAAGAUCUUACGAAUAAAAAAUAAAAAACUCAAACCUGUGGGCAGAGAAAAUAGUGCAAUUCAGAUUUUUCAAACUUUCUUUUUCCUUUUUUCUUUUCAAGUCGGUGAAUCAACUUUUCUCAGUUUCAUCGAUUUCUUUGGAUGUACUGAAAGCUUUAAAAAAAAAAUAUCUGUAGAUUUUAUUGUACAGUGUGUAUGACUUUUAGAGCAUGUGAAGCAGUUUUCUUACUAUGCUAAAACACAAAGAGUAUUCAAGCACAUGGACUCCACUGGUUAUAAAAUUGAAAAAAAAAAUAAAAAUAAAUAAAGAAGUGAUGUAUUUACAGAACUUUUAUCCUUCCUCUAUCCGAAGGACGGGUGGCAGUGGCCCACGCUGCUCCACAGGUGGAAUAUAAAAGAAGAGGAGGAAUGUGAUUAUCCCUCAAGCACAUGACCGUUCAAAUCUGCAGCACAAAUACGAAUCUUUUACGGAGGCACAAUAUGAGAUGAGAUUUCAAACCUCUUCGGCACGUCAGCUGUCUUGGACAUGUGCGAUCUUUCUGACAUUUUAGGCUUUGGAAAGUCCCGCGGCACUUGGAGACAGUUUUUUCUUUUUUUUUCCUGAAUGUGUGCUUGUGUAAGGUGUCGCCCCAGCUGACAGUGAGUUAAGGCGUGACACCGAGUAACAUUGUGCUGAAUACCUCUGACACUGGAACAGCUGUGAGUUUUUCUGUCAACACCGGUGCUCGGAAGGAUCUCCCAUCGCCUGGUGCGUUUCUACAGCGCCUGUGUGUGCAGCUUCUACGUCAUGUCUUGGUGGACUACUGCCAGCUCUCUUCAACAUGAAAGCACAGACACGUUACAAAGUUAUUAUGGCACAGAGAAAUGUUAAGAGGAUAUAGCAAAUUUUGAAAAAAGAAAAAAAAAAGAUGGAAAUAUAUGGAGAAGGAAAUGGACUGUGUGUGUGUGCAAAUGUGUGUGUGUGUGUGUGAGAGAGAGAGUGCGUGUGCACAUGUGUGCGUCUACAGUGUCUCUGUGUGUACACAUAUAUGCACAUGCUUUGGUUUGUACAUGCCCAUGUGCAUGAGCCGGAAGACAGAGUGGGAGGUCGAGUGAGUCUCUCUGUGGAAAUUUUGAAGUCAUGUGAUGCUUAUGUACAACUUGCCUCCCCUGCUGUUUGUGUUGAUAACAGAGAGAUUUACAUAAUUAUAAAAAGAACUAUUACUUAUUGUGAUUGUGAACCCAUAAGAAUGGACACCACUUUCUGGUACUGUGUUGAACUGCGCUCGUACCCUUAAACCCCCCCCGCCCCUCUCCCAAGAACCCACUCCCAAAAUCUUUUAUUCACCUCGACACGAACGUUGUGCUCACUGUAUAUGUUAAUGCUACGUUGCCCCCUUGUUAUUUAAAUGUAAAGCCGAGUAUUAUUUGCCAUGCCCCCUUUCUGUGUUUUUGUUGAGUGAAUGCCUUUGUAGCCACUCUCUCUGCUGCAGCUUUGCUAAGUCUCCAACGGAAGAGAUGAUAAAAGAGUGAAAUCUGAGGCUCUAAUCAUUCCCAGUUAUCCCGCUCAUUACAGUGCAUCAGCACCCUCCCUAUCGAUCCCCCAGGUCCCCAAACCUUCUAUCUUUCUUACUGUGUACCUCCUUAAUUGCCUUAGCCUCUGCUGCUGCCAAUUCCCCCCCACUCCAUAGCUCCUAAAUUCUCCUCUCUUUCCAGCUCCUGUCUCUUUAUUGCUCUGCUUUUUGCGCCCCCUAACUCCUGUCCCCGCCCUGCUCCACCCUGGCCCUCAGUCCUCCCAUUUCCUUCAGUCCCAGCGCAGAACUAACUCUGUCUUUCUUUUUUCUUUCAUUUCUGGUGAAGUACUAUAGAUUGUUUUGCUGAAUCUUGAUACUGUGUUUUAAUGUUCCUGUCAACAUUUAAUAAACAUUCACAUUUUAUAAAUGGGGAACACCCUGAA